AUGGGCUUGAGCAAAACGGACCAGCCCGAUGCUGGCUUGAAGAGCUUGAAUCAUUACUCGAAUCGAUUGCCCCUCUGGCGGUAUUGGCCCCGACAAAAGCUCAUCCCAUUGAUUCGAUAUGAAACCCCGUACCUAGCUUGGGUGCAGGAGAAAGUGCGCACACCAACUCUCGAUUCUUACUUUGCUUUCACCGCGAACCUCGGCACUCAUACUUUCUUCAUGGUCUUCUUGCCUUUCCUCUUCUGGUGCGGUUCUCCGAGCAUGGGUCGUGCAUUGGUACACAUUUUGGCUUCGGGCGUCUUUUGGAGUGGUUUCCUAAAGGACUUGCUAUGUCUCCCCCGGCCUCUCUCUCCGCCGCUCCAGCGCAUCACCAUGUCCGGAUCUGCAGCACUCGAAUAUGGAUUUCCUUCGACGCACUCCACAAAUGCGGUCUCAGUUGCCGUAUAUGCUUUGGCUUUGCUCAGCUCACCCGAGUCGACUCUCAGUGCGCAGGUCACGCUCCUUCUCCAAGCUGUCACCUACAUCUAUGUUGUAUCAAUCGUGUUGGGUCGACUGUAUUGUGGAAUGCAUGGAAUGUUGGACUGCACCGUUGGAUGUGCGAUGGGCGCGGCAAUCGGCCUCGUGCAGUUUAAAUAUGGACCUGCCAUUGAGGAGUUCAUCAUUUCCGCUUCACCGAAAGAUAUUUCCCUACUUGCGAUACUGAUCAUAACCCUUGUACGGGUUCAUCCUGAGCCAGCCGAUGACUGCCCAUGUUUCGACGAUAGUGUCGCGUUCGCUGGAGUCAUGCUGGGCGUCGAUGUCUCUUCAUGGCAUUUUGCUGAUAUUUGGGAUGGAUACCCCGCUGGAUCGAUUCCCUAUGACCUCGAGACAAUAGGAUGGAUCAAAACGGUCAUACGCUUGGUCUUGGGUGUGUUGUGUAUCUUCGCAUGGAGAACUGUGAUGAAACCGGCUCUCCUGCGCAUUCUACCACCUAUUUUCCGGACCCUGGAGAAGCUUGGUCUUCUUUUGCCCCGACGCUUUUUCACUACUGCUUCGAAAUACACCACUGUUCCAACUAACUUGAAGGACCACGACGUCCUCCCCAACUUCUCUGAUAUCCCCAACAUCAUGGCCACAAUGCGCCACCCCCGCCGUCGAGCCAUUUCCGUGGGCCCACAAUCAGAAGCUGAUGCGUAUGAGACCCUGGCGUAUCGAGAGAAGCGCCGGCGCGAAAGCCAAUCCGGAGGCAAUCGCGCCUCUCCAGUUGCAGAAGGCGAGAACAAGCCCAACGGAACUUCUGGGUUGUUCAGGAAAAACACAACACUUGAUGAAUACGAAGGCAUGAUGGGAAGAGGUAGUCCCAGUUCGUCUGCCUUGGAAGUCAACUCCAACGAGCCAACAACGCCCUUUCCCUCCCUUGACUUUGAGGCUGGGAAGCGGGAUGAGAAAGAAGUUUUCUCUCAGAUCAAGAAACCUCGCGUGCGGUACGACGUCGAGGUUGUGACCAAGCUGGUUGUCUAUGCUGGUAUCCCGUGGAUUGUUAUCGAAGUCGCACCCCUUUUGUUUGACUUCAUUGGCCUUGGAGUCCCUCGUGGCGUAUGA